CCUCGCUCAGUAAAAGCAAAAAUCGGCGCUGCCAUUGUUCGGGGCUGCUGCAACUUUUCGGGUGGCCUGCCGCGAAAAGUCUGCUUUUGUGAUUGGGAAGAAUAUCAUUGUGACUAGUGUUAUGGGAAAAUGGGUUUUCCGAAGGAUCUGCGAAGAUCGGAGAUCGAUGUUUUGUGCAAUUUGCGUGUGUGUAUUGUGGGGCCACAAAAUAAUGCCCUAGCUGGGAAAGAAGAAAAAGUUGAACGUGGAAAAAUGGUGCCUCGUCGAAUCAAUCGGGUCGAGGGGCCAUGGGUGUGUGCGUGUGAGAGCAGCGAACACAGCUACCAAGCAGCAGAGGAUCGUUUCGGAAUCGCCAACGACACGACGAACAUUCCGUCGUAGCGAGGGCCCCAUUCGGGAACUACGACUAGGGCUGCCAGGUAGCACUACCGCCACGAACGCGUCUCGUUACCACAGCCGAUGUUCAGUCUGGAAAUACGGUUGUCCAGGUGCCGGUAUCGUUACCGGUCGGAACGCUCAUCGGUGGCACUACCUUCAAUGUGCUUACGCCAGAUCAAAUUCAGCAAUUCAAACCGAUGAUCUGCGUGGACAACAACGGUUUCGUAUCGGGUAGUACGGUUGUAGGAGACUUGACCGGUGAUCUUAAACCAACGCAUAUCGUAAUCCAGCACCAAGGCACGGACCAACAGCAGCAGGUUACCGGGACCCAUGAUGAUCAGAGCCUUGUGGACCAAGUGCAGCAGGAAUAUCGUCUGGACAACAGUGUGAUAGAUCGGCUGAACAGUCUCGAUGUCCUGCCGGUGCGGUGUAAAACGACCACGGGAGAUUUAUACAAGAGUCGGCUCGGUUCCGGUGGUCGUGGAAAAUGUAUUAAACAUAAGGAUGCGUGGUAUACCCCAAGCGAGUUCGAGAACAUCUGCGGCCGGGGUUCGAGUAAAGACUGGAAACGAUCUAUUCGGUACGGUGGUCGAAGUUUGCAAGCACUGAUCGAUGAGGGCAUCCUGACACCUCACGCUACCAGCUGCACCUGCUCAGCCUGUUGUGAUGAUGAAUCAGCUGCAUCAGGCCCAGUACGAUUAUUUACGCCCUACAAGCGAAGGCGGCGUAAUCAAAUAGAGCCGGAACAGCCCGAGAAGAAGAAAAGAGUAAUUGUAAAUAAUAACACAAACACUAGUAAUAACAACAUCCACAUCAACAAUAUUAGCAACAGCGCCAUCAGCAACACGAGUACUACUACAACCGCUGUAACCCAGCAGAAUACCACCGUAAGCCAUCACCAUGCGGCUCAGCAGCAGCAGCAGCAACAACAGCAGCAGCAGCAGCAACAACAAGUACAGCAGCAAGUCCAACAGCAGCAGCAGCAACAGCAAGUUCAGCAACAGCAGCAUCAAGUCCAGCAGCAAAUUCAUCAGGCCGCAGCCACCAUCAACGCUACUCCUAUUAUCACAAACAAUACCAGCACUACGACCACGACAACAACGGUUAAGGUAGUUCAGCAAGAGCAACAAGAGAUUGAUAACGAGCUCGCAAUCGCCACCAAAGAUGAACCAUGGCAAACCCUUACCGAAGGAAUCGACAGUGCCACCGAAUAUGUCGACCAAUCGACACAGUUAAUAACGGAAACGAAUCUUCCGUUUGAAAAGCUGAAAGCACUGUGCUCCCAAGUGUCCAAGGCCAUGCAGGAGAUGAAGAAAUGCAUCGGCGAAGCUCGAGAUGUGCACAACCGGCAGUUGGAACGGUUGCAACGUGAGCGGGACGCUGCCAUCCUGACGGUGACGCAGCUUGAGGAGCAGAACAAUAUCAGUAGUCAAUUACCGCCCGGUUCAGUUCAUGCCAACAAAAAGUGUGCCAACUGCAAUCGGGAAGCGCUGGCCGAGUGCUCACUCUGCCGGAGAACGCCGUACUGUUCGACCUUCUGUCAACGAAAAGACUGGAUUACGCAUCAGAACGAGUGCGUGCGAAGUACGCAGGAAGCGACGCAUCAGAUCAUGCUGAUAGUGGAUGAAACUCAAUAACCUUUAAUUUUCUAAUUGCGACCUGCGCGGCUCGGCGUGGUAAACGGGAAGCGAGAUCCGGAUCGAUUCUCAAUGCUGCUGAGGUACCACCUACGGUACCUCGGGAGCGAAAGGUAUUUAUAGUUGGGAUCCUACAGCAGCAGCACCUGUACCACCACUACUGUUGUUCGCGUGGCUCCCCGAAGAUCAAUGCCAUCUUCGUGUCGUGGUCGCAAUCCAUCAAUGGGCAAUGUAUGCCAAACGGGCGGCACACUACUAUUGAAAUGAGGAAAUUUUUAUAUUUAAAUAGCAAAGUUUAAAUUUUGUUUUUAUAUCUAAACGUGGAAAACGAACAGAACUGGAUUCACUCAAGAGAGGGACUUAUCGGUAAAGGCCGAAGUGAUCUACUCCUGUUCAAAGUAGAUUUUUUUUGUUUUCUUUUUUAUUAGGAAAUUGCGCGGAAGUACAUAUAUAUUUAAUAAUUAAAGAGUGUAUGUAAGAAUACGAAGAGAAAAGAAACUUUAUUUAAAGAAUAAUUAUCAUUUAAAUAAUAAGAGACGUUAACUCUU